UUGCAGAGGGGGAGUGAACAAGAAGCAGAGCGGGACGGCAGGAUGGGAAGAGAGGAGAUGGCAGAUUCAGGCUUCUUGAUGGAGGAGGAUGUCGAGGUCCAGUUAGACUCUGGGUCUUACAUGGAGCGAGCGAGCGUGAGCUCAGGCGGAGAAGAGCCGGACUGGUUUGUGACUGCAGAACACAGAGAUUAUCUGAUUGCUGGUGAUGAGCAAAGCGAGGGAAGAGGAAGUCAACAGGAAGGUGAGAUGGAGGCUGACACGGGGUCAGAGGAGAAUGAAGAGACUGAAGCAGAGAGAGGAGGUGCAGAGGUGGAUGAUCAAACUGAAGAGGAAAACAUGGAAGGAGCAUUGGAUGUGUGUUUGUGGCCGGUAGAGCAGAGCGGUGGUCACGUGCGGAUCUCUCUGGAGGAGGUGCAAAGAUACUACAGACUUUCUCGCUGCUGCCGCUGGCUGCUGUGUGAUGAGAUCAUGCAGCUGGACAGCAGCCCCCUGCGUGCUGCUGACAUCACCCCCGAGCUGAGGAGGCAGUUCGCCUUCCUUUCAGGAGGUAGAGGAGACAAUGGCAGCCCCAUCAUUGUGUUCCCAGAAUUCCCUGCAUUUGGAGACGUCACGGACAGAGAGUUUCACAACGUGUUGACCUACCUGACGAGUGUGCCCAGUUUGUCCUCGACAGACGUGGGUUUCAUCCUGGUCAUCGAUCGCCGGCAAGACCGAUGGGCAGCCGUCAAGGGGACCCUGCUUCGCAUCGCAGGCUCCUUCCCAGGGAACCUCCAGCUGGUUCUGGUUCUGAGGCCCACCACCCUCCUGCAGCGUGCACUCUCUGACAUCCUCUUCAAGUUCAACAAGGAUGAGUUCAAGAUGAAGGUGCCGGUGAUCAUGCUGAGCUCAGUGACUGAGCUGCACUCCUACAUCGACCGCUCUCAGCUGACCCAGGAACUCGGGGGAACGCAGGAGUACUGCCACGAGAAGUGGAUCUCUCACCGCACUGCCAUCGAAGGCUUCGCAGUGAUGGUAAAGAAAACUGCACAGACGCUGCAGUCGUUUGGGACGGAGCUGGCUGAAACCGAACUCCCCAAUGAAAUCCAGGCCACGACCGUCCUGCUGAGCACACACACCAACAAGAAAGAAAAAAUGAAGGGGGAUCUGCUGGUGGCUCUGGGUCAGGGCAGCAGGCUGCUGGAGAGCAUCAACGAGCCCGUAGUGAGAGACCCCGACCACAACAUGAACCAGGACGAGCUGGAGAACCUGGCUACAGUGCAGAGGCUGCUGUCUCAGCUGGACGAGACAGAGCGGGCCUUCGAUGAGUUCUGGGUGAGACAUCAGACCAAACUGGAGCAAUGUCUCCAACUGCGCCACUUUGAGCACAACUACAGAGAGGUGAGGGCUCUGCUGGAUCAGGUGUCUGAGAAACUUGCGACCUUCUCUGAGGUGGGUAUCAGCCCGGCCCACGCUGACCAUAUCUUCUGUGAACUCACCACCUAUGAGGAGAGAGUCUGUGAGGUGCUGGACAGAGCCUCGUCGUUGGCUCGUGAUGGAGAUGAACUGAUCCAGAAGUCGCACUAUGCGGAGGACUCCAUUCAGCCCAACUGCAGUGAGGUCAGAGCGCUCAGUGAGAACGUGAGCAGCAACCUGAGGGCCAAGAAAGACCACCUCCUCAAAGCCAUGGAGCUCCACCACUGUUUGGAGAGGGCUUCUAAAUGGGUUGAUGAUGGUAUAUACCUGCUGGCGUCGCAGCCAGUAGACAAGUGUCAGUCACACGAGGGGGCUGAGUUAGCCCUGCAGGAGCUGGAGCGUUACCUGGAUAACGCGGGCCAGAACCAACUGACAGACCUCAGUACCAUCUGGAGAGAAUACGAGGCAGUGCUCAACCAGCAGUUCAGGGACCAAGUGGAGAAGGUGUUCCAGAAGCAGACGUCCAUGCAGGAGAUGUUCGACAAGAGGAGGGUCAGCCUGAAGAAGCUAGCAGCCAAACAGACCAGGCCGGUGCAGCCUGUAGCACCCAGACCUGAAGCCUUCAUCAAAUCCCCACUCAGCUCGCCCGCACACAGAGCUCAGCAGGAGAAAAUCUGCCCAGACACAGACUCUGGGAACAACUGUGAAAAAGAAAACGUCCAACUGCAGAACGGAGACGGUAACAGCCGCCACGUCUCUCUGUCGGAGGAGGAGGAGAACCUGGCGGUGCUCAGGAGGCACGUUAUGAACGAGCUGCUGGAAACCGAGAGAGCGUACGUGGAGGAGCUGCUCUGCGUGCUGCAGGGAUAUGCCUCUGAGAUGGAUAAUCCAGCCAUGGUUCACCUCAUGCCUGCUCCUCUGCAGAACAAAAAGGAGGUUCUGUUUGGAAACAUGCCAGAGAUCUACCACUUCCACAGGAGGACGUUUCUGAGGGAGUUGGAGCAGUACACCGACUGCCCAGAGUUGGUUGGACGGUGUUUUCUCGAGAGGAUGACAGACCUGCAGAUCUACGAGAAGUACUGUCACAACAAGCCUCGGUCUGAGAGUCUGUGGAGGCAGUGCUCAGACUGCGCCUUCUUCCAGGAGUGUCAGAAAAAGCUGGAGCAUAAACUGGGCUUGGAUUCCUACCUGCUGAAGCCUGUUCAGAGGAUCACCAAAUAUCAGCUGCUGCUGAAGGAAAUGCUGAAGUACAGUAAGACGUGCGAGGGAGCCGACGACCUGCAGGAGGCGCUGACCUCCAUCCUAGGCAUCCUCAAGGCUGUCAAUGACUCCAUGCACCUCAUCGCCAUCACAGGAUAUGAGGGUAACAUGACGGAGCUCGGGAAGCUGCUGAUGCAGGGCUCGUUCAGCGUGUGGACAGAGCACAAGAAAGGUCACGCCAAAGUGAAAGAUCUGGCCCGUUUCAAGCCCAUGCAGAGGCACCUGUUCCUCCACGAGAAGGCCCUGCUGUUCUGCAAGAGGAGGGAGGAGAACGGGGAGGGCUACGAGAAAGCUCCGUCGUACAGCUUCAAGCAGUCUCUGAAUAUGAGCGCUGUUGGCAUUACCGAGAACGCAAAGGGAGACAACAAGAAGUUUGAAAUCUGGUGCAACUCCAGAGAAGAGGUCUAUAUCGUUCAGGCGCCGACGGCUGAAGUAAAAACCACCUGGGUACGAGAGAUCAGGAAGGUUCUGACAACCCAGCUGGAAGCGUGCAGAGAAGCCAACCAGCAGAGGGCACCAGACCCUCCUGUGCCCAGCGGAGCAGUCAGCCUCAGUCCAUUCAAGUCCGGUCAGAAGAGCUUUAAAAGGGGAGAGGAGAAGAAAGCCGAGUCCUGCAGCCCUGAUGUCAACUCCUCCUCCUCCCCAAAGCCCACAGGAAAAGACGAGGCUGCGACCAGUCCGACCUCAGACAGAGCUGCUGUGGCUAAAAAGCGCUUUACUUUACAGGGCUUCAGUAACCUCAAAGCUCAGAAAGGAUCUCCCACGAGCCCCGAUCACAAGACGAAACGUCAGAGUGACCCCACACCGUUCGGCUUCAAAGGCUGGAAUAAAGCUUCACUAUCGCUGGAUGCCUCGGAGGAGCAUGACGGCUUUUCCAGUGCUGAGGAUCCUCUUAACUCCGACCCAGAGGACGACAACGGCAAGAAGCUGCAUGCCGGUAAAUACAGAGUGGUGGCUGACUACGAGAAGGAGCUCUCAGUGAAGAGUGGAGACAUGGUGCAGCUGGUCAGGGAGGGGGAUGAUGGGCAGUGGUUUGUACGUAACAUAAGCACUUCUAAGGAGGGCUGGAUCGCAGCUGCUAAUCUUAUCACGCUCAUCGGAAAGUCCAAGUCUUGCCAGUCUCUCACCAGCUCAGAAGGCUCUGGGAACCUCAGCACGUCGUCCAGCUGCAGUGAGACCUACACCAGCUUCUCCGACAUCAAGCCCUGAGCUCCUCCAGCUCUUCCUCGCAUCACGUGGCUAUCCGUGCUGUAUCGCCAACAACAUCAUCAUCGAGUAUUUUGUCAGGUUUCCACAGAAAGCUGUAUUUUUAAAGUCACGCACAUGCACCAGUUAUUAAUACGUCAUACGUGUGCACAUGUUCUAGAUAUAUGAUUGUGCAGUGCAGAUACUGGGGUCAGGAGUCCGUCACAGUAUAUAGUAACGUGAUCUUCCUCUAGUCAUACACUUGUCUGUAUAUUUUUAUGAAGAGCAGAGGAUACCUGUGAUUAUAAUGUAAUAGAUGUAUGAAUGGGCCAGCGGGACUGAUCUCAGUCAAUGCAUCUAUUUGUGUGGAUGACGGCUGUCUUUGUGUUCGUCUGCACUAAUUCAUCUCAAGAGUUUCUAACUCCGCUGUUACUGUAAAUGAAAAAGAGGCAGAGAGAUGAAUACGCACAGCUCGUUCAGCUUGAAUGAAUGUUCUCCGUCCUCUUGUACGUGUUUAUUUAUUUGUAAGAACUGACGCAUCUUUAGUUUUCCUUUUGUCUCCGUCAUUAGAAACCUGUUCUGCCACCAGCUGUCCACACUUUGCGUAUGAGCUUUUGUCUUUUUUGGGGGGGUCUCUCUCACACUGUGGGCUUUUCAUGUACGCUCCAGUUAAAAAAUGUUUCUCCAUGUGAAUAAUCAAAGGUCACUGUAUAGUGUAACGUGGAGGGAUCACGUUCUGAAUGUAGAUACUGUUCAUUAAUGUCUGUCUGUCAUGAAAUGUUGGUUAUCUGAGAUGCUAUAUUGUACAUUGAGUAUGGUGAUGUCACUACUUUGUGACUUGUCUAAUUUUUUUUACAUAAACGAGUUGUUAUAAUUCA